AUGCUUUCUCCGGGGCCACCUUUACCGCCCGGCAUACUCGUUGAUGAAGAGAUCUCGCCAGUAUACAAUUCCAAGUACUUCUACCCGGUGAAGCCAGGAGAGGUACUCGCCGAUCGUUACCAAAACUUGGUUAAGGUUGGCUGGGGCGUGUCUUCAACAGUAUGGCUCGCGCGUGAUUUGCAAGGGCAUAUCGAAGAGCCAGAAAGCGUCGUGGCACUGAAAAUUAUCAAUAAUAAUGCGAGUUCCGCUGGUCAUGAGCGCGAAGUUAAAGAGCAUAUUUCCACGGCAGACCCAUCACAUCGCGGUCGGUCGCUGAUCCGAACAUUACUAGACUCUUUUGAAUUUAAAGGCCUAGAAGGUUCUUAUCUAGGUCUUGUGUAUCCGCCUAUGAGGGAGUCAUUGUCGAUGUAUCAGCGGCGCUUUGACGACAGAAAGAUGCCACUGCCCCUCAUUAAAACAUACAUUCGGGCCCUUCUUACGGGGCUUGAUUAUCUGCAUAAGCUUGUCGACUUUGGCUUGGCAACCAGACUCCAGGAAGACGACGACUGGGGCGUUUGGCCUAUCCAGCCAGACCACUAUCGGGCACCAGAGGUGAUACUGGGUAAUGGUUGGCAAAUGCCUGCGGAUAUUUGGAAUCUUGGCGUUCUGAACUCACGAAACAUCUCAGGUCGCUUCCUGUACGAAGACCUGAUCCCUAACCGCAAACUAGGCGACACAGUCUUAUUCCUUGGGGGAGAGGAGAAGGAAGCGUUUUUAGACCUCGCCAAGCGAAUGCUUGUCUGGCACCCAGAUAAGAGAAAACGGCAGGCGAACUGGCUGAGCACCCUUUUCUUCAACCGAAACAAACAAGCUCCUGAUUUCUGCGAGCUUCUACUAAAGGAUGAGAGACUCUAG